UGAAGAUAGAGAUGGAGUGAAAAAUAGUCACUAGUGUUCAGUCUCGGCAUUGAUGCGUCCUUGUGGUUAUUCGUGUCCACCAUAGUAACUUACCGGAUGAAACUCUUUAUCGUGUCUAUCAAAUUGAUGGUGUUGUAAAAGUAAAUUGUAUGUUGUACGGAUUCAAUCGUUUCCAAUAAUGAUGUUUCGAAGUGCUGGAACGUCCGCGAAAAACACGACUUUAGCUCGAGGUUUGACCGUCUCAUUGUCACAACGACAGAGCAGUUUUGUCGGAAUGGGAAGCACGAUGGCUAUGUCCACCACAAGCACAACCAAGACUGACCGCUUUCUGGUCGAUGUGCAUUCGCACAUGUACUACCCAGGCUACAUGAACAUUCUGCGGGCUCGAAAAACGAUCCCGAAAGUAGUCCCAAGUCGCGUGACCGCUGGACAGGAGCGACUGGUGAUUCUGCCGAACGAGGAAAAUAACAACGAAACGGCUGAUAUCGGACGCCCGAUCGGAUCGGAAUACUUCGAUGUCGGAGCCAAGUUGGAGUUCAUGAAUACGCAUCGCAUCAGUCAUUCGAUCGUGUCACUGGCGAAUCCAUGGCUGGACUUCUUGAACGCGAAUGCGGAAGAAGUCGCCUCCGCGCCGAAAUUGGCGCGCCGCCUCAACGCAGACCUAGAGUCACUCUGCGCCAGCGAGAAAGCUGCAAGCCGCCUUUACUUAUGACACAGUGGUAUGAGUCAUCAUGAUGACAUUGAUUUACUUAAGAUAAUUUCAAAGGUCUAAUUGAGAAAGUAAUUUGAUCAUGUUAUACUAGAGACAGAAGAUCUUUCAGAAAUUUGCCGUAUAGAAUUUCAAAAUGAAGGCAACGACCAGCACUAGUCUUCGGCGCAGCUGAACCCGAAGUUUGAUUUACCAAUGAUGCGCUGCUCUAAUUCAUGGUUUCGGAAUUUUGCCCACUACAGCAGGCGGUGUCGCGUGCGCAGAAGAGGUUCGCUCUCAUCUUUCACAGCUGCCGCACUUACGGGGCGUAAUUCUCGGGACAACUGGCGUUUUGGGCCGUGGUCUUGACUGUGCGGCAGAGAUGGACCCAGUUUAUGCCGAGCUGGAAAAAAGCGGCUUAGUGCUCUUCAUCCAUCCACACUAUGGGUUGAGAGGGGAAGACAUGAGCCAGUACGGACACAGUUUGGAGUUAGCGCUUGGAUUUCCCAUGGAAACGAGUAUCGCGAUCUCCCGUCUCAUUCUCAGUGGAGUCAUGGAUCGCUUUCCAAACCUGAAGGUGUACGUUGCGCACGCAGGUGGCGUGCUGCCUUGGUUGCAGGGCCGACUGGACAGCUGCGUCGGGUACUUCUGAGUCUCUAAUAUAUAAUAAGAAUGUGCACAUCACGUGUCUGUGUGGGGAAAACGAGAAACGUGUCUAUCAAUCUUCACAAUAUUGUUCAGGAUGACGUUACUUAUACUGCAAGUAUGAUGUUAGCAUGUAAUUUUCUGUCGACUUUUCAUUUUCUACCGCCUCACAGCUAUGAGAAGGAGAUUCGAUUGGAAAAGGCGCCCUCCGAGUACUUGAAGGAUCUUUAUUACGACGCGAUCAUUUACAACUCCGAUUGUCUUGACCUGUUGAUCAAGUCGGUUGGAGCCGAUCGCAUAAUGUACGGCACUGAUCACCCGUUCUUUCCACCGACCGGCACAGAAAAACUUUGGAAAUCUGCCGUGAAGAUUCAAGAGAUCAUCCCGAGUCAGCACCGUGAUACCAUCUAUUCGAGCGCAGCGGCCAAACUUUUCGGCUUGCAACUGGGACAGUCGGUAGAUCAGAGCGGGGCCGCAAAUAGUUCCUCCUCAAGGAUCGGCAUGGCGGUAGGGGUAAAGCCUGCUCAGGGAGUGAAGGUGGAGUCCUCAUGUAGCUGAGGCGCAUGAAAAGCUGCAGACGAGUCGCGACAAAGUUUUGGACAAGUGAAGUUUGGCGCAAACAACCAUAGACAGUGACAAAGUCAAGACAAGCGUGAAGUGACUUGGUUAUUUUCGUACAAGUUACCUGUUUUCGAUUUCGGGUAGUGUGCAAAACCUAUGAUCUACAACAGCAUCUUGUGGCCAUUUUCCACUUCGUGGUACUUUUUUCGUGCACAAUUUAUCCGAUCGAGUGUAGCUGCACCAAUACCGGUUUAAUGCAGACGACGAAGACCGGCCUCGUCUGCCGAGGGAUGUCACCAAUAUCCUUCCUAGAUCAUUAAGAUGAUGAUUGAAGUGCGUUUUAAGGUCAACUAAACCUCCUUUGGAGCAACGACGAAGAUUGCUGUUUCUGCAAUUAUAGGGAUUUUGGGCUCGGAUUAAGUUUUUGAAAUGAACCAACCUAUGAAUAAUCAUAUAAUCAAUGAAUACUUAUGUUGUCAAUCAUGGCAAUAGACGAGAAAGAAAUUUAUAUACAUACUGACUUGAAAUGAAAAAAAAUUGAUUUCAAGAGGAUGUUAUAAUUCAUCUCGCAUGAAAGAAUGUACUACAACAACAUGGGAAAAAAUUGCAAUGCUGAUGAAUGUUGGUCGGAGUUGGCAAAUGGGUCUUCUACAGCAAGAAGCUAUGGACGUCAUCAUGUACAACUCACUUAAUUUCUACUGAGUUUGUAACCCACAACCAACUACUACUUCUGGUUCUUGUUUUGAAUGAUGGUGGUUACUACGGCGAUCCACGUCGACACCAGACAGGUACAAAAGUGAAGAUAGAUGGCUGAUGCUCGAUGGCUGUGAUGCUAGAUCAACUUGUUUCUGAUCUAGCAAAUAACUGUAUGAAGAAGACGACAGAAUGUGCGAAAGCGCAAUUGAUAGAGAAAUGAACAUGUUCGGGGAGGAUCCCGAUUGAGUCAGAC